AUGAGAGUGACAAGUGUUGAAGGAGUUUCUGAUAUUUUGGAGGAUGUGGAUGAUGAAGGAUUUGAGGAGUUUAAAGAAUGUGAGGUUCCAUGCGAUUCCGAGGGUACGUGCAUGCGGUGCAACGCAACUCCUCAUGCACUACGGCUUGGCACGCUUCCUGCCUGUCUUCCCCUCCGGAAUCCCUGGCUUGGCAGUGGGAGUGUCCCGAUUGCUCCGGCGAUCCUCAUGGCGGCGUUGUCGCUGAAUCCAACGAAAAUUUGGAUCUCAUGGCUGCGACUCUGA